AAAAAAAAAAAAAAAAAAAAAAAAAAAACGCGUGGCCCCUGGCAACAUAACACCCCAUUGAGCCUGUUCUAACAUUCUAGGCAGACUGGAAUCCGAAAAUAAGGAUCAACCACGGGCGCCAAUCGUUUAUUUCUAUCAACCAACCGCCCAAAACAAAACAACUACGUAACACGUCGAUUCGUUAGUCGCGUCGAAAAUCAGCAUUAACCACUUUUUUUUGGACAUUGAAGCGCAUCGAACCCGACAAUAGAAAAUCGCAAACCGCGCGCGCGCAAAAAGCCACCGGCCAAAUAUCCGCCCAACAUGGCUGAGUAUUCAUCAAUGAAGGUUCCCGAGCUCAAGAAAGUGCUCGGCGAACGCGGCCUUCCGCAGUCUGGCAACAAACCAGACCUGAUUGCGCGCCUCAAGGAGGACGACGAGAAGAAGCAGCCUGCCGGCGCAACCACGACAGACAGCAAACCCGCCGCCGAGACCGAGGACGUCAUCAACUGGGACGACGAGGACGACACGGCCGCAGCCAAGCCGCAACCCGCUGCUGCACCAGCGGCGGCUGAGCCGACCAAGACUGCCGAGCCCGCCUCAAAACCUUCAGAGCCUGCGCCUGCUGCGGAGAAGCCAGCAGCUGCGCCUGCGUCAUCCACAAAGGAGGAAGCUGCACCCGCUGCCGCUGCUACCAGUACUGGUGAAGGAGACGAGGCCAAGGCGUCCGCAGAACCCACAGAGCCCGCCAAGCCGACCCUCAGCCAAAACCUCCCGUCUACAUCGGUCGACGCCGAGGCUGCUAAGCGGGCGGCGCGCGCAAAGAGGUUCGGCAUUGAGGCGCCGACGGAGGAUGAAGAGGCGCGCAGGAAGGCGGAGCGCGCAAAGAAGUUUGGCAUCGAGGAUGCCACAAAGGCGCUCGACGCCAGCCGGUUGGACUCGGCGCUGCCGGACCGGCCGCUGAAGCGUGGGCGUGACAAGGGCGACCAGCAGCAAGAGGGUGGCGAGGGCAAGGGGAACGGCGCCAAGCGCCAGCAGCAGCAACAGGGUGGGGGCGACGGACGGAGGAACAACAACAGAGACGGCGGCCGACGCGACAAGAGGAGGGGACGUCCCAACGGCGGCGGUGGCGGCGCCAGGAACGGAGGCGGCGGCGGUGGCGGUUCCGGCAUCCUCAACGACCCGGAGCAGAAGCGUAAGGCUGAGGCGAGGGCCGCAAGGUUCGCUACAUGAUUUACCUGGGUCAUAUCUGGAUUGUUGGGCGGCCUACCUUUUGACUCAGCUUCCUGGGCUUUUCUGUCACCCUGGCUCAAUGGUCGUCAUUUAAUAUAGGUGAUGGCUCAUGGAGCAUUCCAUCACUUUUUUUUUCGGUUCCUUUUUUUUCCCCACGACUGUACAACAAUAAGAUGAUUUUUUUUGUUACCUCUAGCGAAUGGUGAUGGGAGCUUGUUAUAGAAAAGAAUGGAUAGUCGGCGCAAAAAUAUGAGUGGUUUUGCUUUGCUAAUCUUGAUUGCUUAGGUCCGGUUAAAUGUUAAAAAUAAACAAAAGUCUAGACUAGACUAGUCUAGACACCUAUAAGCUGUCCAACCUAAGACGCAAUA